UGCCGUGUUGGAAAGAAGAGCCACAGCCCUGCUGCUGCUGCUGCUGCGGGACCAAAAUAGACAGCUGAGCGCCGAGCAGCUGACACAAACCAGAAAUGGCUGCCACCGGAGUCCUUCCCUUCAUAAGGGGGGUAGAUCUGAGUGGAAACGACUUCAAGGGUGGAUACUUCCCAGAGCAUGUCAAGUGUAUGAGCAGUCUGCGAUGGCUGAAACUCAACAGGACAGGACUGUGUUACCUCCCAGAGGAGCUGGCCUCUCUGCAGAAGCUGGAGCAUCUUUCAGUGAGUCACAACAGCCUGACCACCUUACAUGGAGAACUGUCCAGCUUGCCGAACCUGCGGGCGGUGGUAGCCAGAGCCAACAACCUGAAAAACUCUGGAGUCCCAGACGAUAUCUUUCAGCUAGAUGACCUCUCUGUGCUGGAUUUGAGCUACAAUCAGCUGACAGAGAUCCCCAGGGACCUGGAGAACAGCAGGAACAUGCUGGUGCUAAAUCUGAGCCACAACAGCAUCGACUCCAUCCCCAACCAGCUGUUCAUCAACCUGACGGACCUGCUGUAUCUGGACCUGAGCGACAACAAGUUGGACAGCCUGCCCCCGCAGAUGAGACGCCUGGUUCACCUGCAGACGCUCAUCCUGAACAACAACCCGCUGAUGCACGCCCAGUUGCGCCAGCUGCCAGCCAUGGUGGCAUUACAGACUCUCCACCUGAGGAACACCCAGAGGACCCAGAGCAACAUGCCAACCAGCCUGGAGGGGCUGACACAUUUAGCAGACAUUGACCUGUCAUGCAACGACCUGACCCGGGUGCCAGAGUGCCUCUAUUCACUGGGCAGUUUGAAGAGACUCAACCUGAGCAGCAAUCAGAUCUCAGAACUGUCUCUCUGCAUUGACCAGUGGACUCAGAUGGAGACACUUAACCUGAGCCGCAACCAGCUCACCUCACUGCCUUCUGCAAUCUGUAAGCUGUCCAAACUAAAGAAGCUGUAUGUAAACUCCAACAAACUGGACUUCGACGGGGUUCCACCGGGAGUUGGCAAACUGUCCAGUCUCACUGAGUUCAUGGCUGCUAACAACAACCUGGAACUUAUCCCAGAGGGACUCUGCAGGUGUGGCAAGCUGAGGAAGCUGGUGCUGAAUAAAAACCGCCUGGUAACGCUGCCUGAGGCCAUCCACUUCUUGACUGAUCUAGAGAUUCUGGAUGUGCGCGAGAACCCCAACCUGGUGAUGCCUCCCAAACCAGUCGACAGAGGAGCAGAGUGGUACAACAUUGACUUCUCCCUGCAGAACCAGCUCCGGCUGGCCGGGGCCUCACCUGCUACUGUAGCUGCAGCUGGCGGAGGAGCCAGCCCGCGAGAUCACCUGGCGAGGAAGAUGAGACUAAGGAGGAGGAAGGAUUGUUCUCAGGACGAUCAGGCGAAGCAGGUGUUGAAAGGCAUGAGUGAUGUCGCACAGGAGAAGAAGAACAUGGAGGAGAAUGGAGAUUUGAAAUAUGGUGAUUUAAAGAUCCGGCGCUGGGACAAGAGUCUAGAGAAACCACAGCUGGACUACUCUGAGUUCUUUAUGGAGGACGUGGGGCAGGUUCCAGGUAUAACGGUGUGGCAGAUAGAGAAUUUUGUCCCCAUGCAAGUGGACGAAGCUUUCCAUGGCAAGUUCUACGAGGCUGACUGCUACAUCAUCCUCAAGACCUUCCUGGAUGACAACGGUGCAUUGAACUGGCAUAUCUACUACUGGAUCGGCCAGGAGGCCACUCUGGACAAAAAGGCCGGCUCUGCUAUCCAUGCUGUUAACCUCAGGAAUUUCCUCGGAGCCGAGUGCAGGACGAUACGGGAAGAGAUGGGAGACGAGAGCGAGGAGUUUAGUGCUGUAUUCGGCAAUGAGAUCUCCUACAUUGAAGGUGGAACAGCCAGUGGAUUUUACACUGUCGAGGACUCAAACUACUCCAUCAGGUUGUACAGAGUUUAUGGCAAGAAAAACAUCAAGCUGGAGUCUGUACCUGCGAAGGCCUCCUCCCUCGACCCUCGCUACGUCUUCCUGUUGGACACAGGGCUGGAAAUCUUUGUCUGGAGAGGAGCCAACGCCACCCUGAGCAGCACCACGAAGGCCAGGUUAUUUGCAGAAAAGAUCAAUAAGAAUGAGCGUAAGGGGAAGGCGGAGAUCACAACCCUCAUGCAGAGCCAGGAGCCUCCAGGUUUCUGGGAGGCAGUGGGAGGACAACCAGAGGAGAUCAAGAAACACGUACCAGAUGACUUCUCUCCUAUCAGACCUAAACUCUACAAGGUGGGCUUGGGUCUCGGCUACCUGGAGCUGCCACAGAUCAACUACAAGCUGUCAGUCGAGCACAAAGACCGCAAGGUCAAACUGGACACCCUGCCCGAGCUGAGACUGUUGCAGUCCCUGCUGGACACAAAGUGCGUUUACAUCCUGGACUGCUGGUCCGAUGUGUUCAUCUGGAUCGGGAGGAAGUCUCCACGUCUCGUCCGUGCUGCUGCUUUAAAACUGGGUCAGGAGAUCUGCUCCAUGCUGCACCGGCCCAAACACGCCUGCGUCACCCGCAACCUGGAGGGCACAGAGUGCCAGGUCUUUAAGUCCAAGUUUAAGAACUGGGAUGAUGUGUUGAAGGUGGACUACACCAGAGCAGCUGAGACUGUACAACAGACAGACAACCUCCAGGGCAAGGUGAAGAAGGAUGCAGAGCAGAAAGACCAGAUGAAAGCCGACCUCACGGCUCUCUUCCUGCCCCGCCAGCCAGCCAUGCCUCUUACUGAGGCUGAGCAGCUGAUGGAGGAGUGGAACGAAGACCUGGACGGCAUGGAGGGAUUUGUGCUGGAGGGCAAGAAGUUUGCUCGCCUGCCUGAGGAGGAGUUUGGGCACUUCCACACCCAGGACUGCUACGUCUUCCUCUGCAGAUACUGGGUGCCUGUGGAGUACGAAGACGAGGAGAAGGAGAAGAAGGAGGGUGAAGGCGGUGAAGGAGGAGGAGGAGCAGGAAAAGCAGAGGAUGAGGAGGACAAACAGCCAGAGGAGGACUUCCAGUGUGUCGUGUACUUCUGGCAGGGCAGACAGGCGUCCAACAUGGGCUGGCUUACUUUCACCUUCUCCCUGCAGAAGAAGUUUGAGAGUCUUUUCCCUGGAAAACUGAAGGUGGUGCGUAUGACCCAGCAGCAGGAGAACCUCAAGUUCCUGUCCCAUUUCAAGAGGAAGUUCAUCAUCCACAAAGGGAAGAGGAAACAGAAGACCGACGCUGCUCAGCCUUCCCUUUACCACAUCCGCACAAAUGGCAGCGCACUUUGCACCAGGACCAUCCAGAUCGGAACAGAUUCCAGCAAUCUCAACUCAGAGUUUUGCUUCAUCCUCAAGGUACCAUUUGAGAGUACAGACAAUCAGGGCAUCGUUUACACGUGGGUGGGCAGAGCCGCUGAUCCUGACGAAGCCAAACUGGCCGAGGACAUCAUGAACUGCAUGUUCGAUGACACGUACAGCAAACAGGUAAUUAAUGAGGGGGAGGAGCCAGAGAACUUCUUCUGGGUGGGGAUUGGUUCUCAGAAGCAGUACGAUGAAGAUGCAGAUUAUAUGAAACACGCUCGGCUCUUCAGGUGUUCGAAUGAGAAGGGUUAUUUCUCCGUGUCGGAGAAGUGCUCAGACUUCUGUCAGGACGACUUGGCUGAUGAUGACAUCAUGCUGCUGGAUAACGGCCAAGAGGUGUACAUGUGGGUCGGUACUCAGACCAGCCAGGUGGAGAUCAAACUUAGUCUCAAAGCCUGCCAGGUUUACAUCCAACACAUGCGCUCUAAGGACACUGAACACCCCAGGAAGCUGCGACUGGUGCGGAAGGGAAACGAGCCCCACUGCUUCAUGCGUUGCUUCCACGCCUGGGGUGCUUUCAAAACUCCCCCCUCAUAGAUGAGCAUGCACAGAAACGCUCAAAGAUACAUCAAAUAUAUUCGCUGCCAUGUAAUUUUCUACCAGUAAGAUGAUAAUGAUGAUGUCUAUGCCUAACCCAGCUUCACCUGAGCUCUGAUUACCCACCCCCCACCUGCCUCCCAAAUCCUGCUCAGCACUGCUGCUCCACAGCCUCUUGACCAACGUGUUAGUGUCAGAGUCUGCCCACAAAAUCAACAAAGUUUAGCACAACAUCCGAGUCGGCGAAAGUUCUGGUCAAGAAGCAAAAUCACUUUUUUACUACAAGCUUUUUUUAGCAGCCAGUCUGAAUACUGUUAAAUGAAAGAAGAGAAUGUUUUGAAAAAAAAAAAAAAGGUUUAAAGGUGUACAGAGGCUUUAUUAAAAAAAAGAAAAACCCAAAGGGAGGCGAGUCCCCUUGCAUAUCGAUCUGCUUUGCUGCUUUCAUGUGGCUUGUGCUGCAUGGUCAGUAGUUUUAAGUGGAGGAGGCUUAAGUGUUCCUCCAUGCUUGGUGCCAUUUUGCGCAGCUCAUUGAAACAGUUUAAGGCAGAUAAAAGUUUGAUUUUUUUUCUUUCAUCAUUGAGGGACUGAACAGGAAGCAGCACUAUAAUUGUUUUUCUGAGGAAUGUUGGUUUAUACAUAUUUUUCUGUUGUGCGGAUAAUACAUGUAUGGUAUGUUUGUGUGUUUGCCCUAUGCGCCUUCAUCAAGAUGGGGACUGCCCCUUUCCCAGUCUCCGGUCGCUGUUCUCACCUCCUCUAACUUGUCCACUUACAAAGCGAAACCUUUUUGUAUGAGAUCAGAUUUUCAUGUAAAGAUGCUUUGGAUUGUAAUUUGCUCUGCCAUGUGAGUGGAACAGUUAACUUUAUUUGGCCAAAGAAAUCCUGAGCAAGUUAUAGAUGAGAUUGUGAGACGGAGCCUUAGUUUUGUUUUAGGUUUAAAUGUGCAAUCAGUAGAGCCCGGGAGAUACUGAAACUCAAUAAUACUGUAGUAUUCUACAUUACAGGCUGCAUUCAGUUUGUCAAAAUGUUUAUUUUCUUGCUGUUCUGCAGCAGAGAGAACAAGAGCUGAAGAGUUUCUUUCCAAAAUGUAUUUUAAUUUUUGGAGAAGUAAAUGCAAUGUGUUGUGUUCUUUUUCAAAUAUUUCAUGUUUUGGAUCAAACUUAUUCACAAAUGUUAAUGGGAGAUCUUUUGUACCAUAUGAGCGACAUAUCUAAAUGAAUAUAGAGACCUCUGGUUGCACUGAUCUCAAAUCAGAAGUUUGUUUACCAGAUGAGUUAUGAUCAGUUUAAGCAGUUCUAGAUUCGUGUCUCCAGGGUCAACAUUCUACAGAACUACGGCAUCUUGUGAUCAUGUGACCUGUGUAGUAUACAGGCAUUGGUCCAAGUAUGAUAUCUAUGUAUUCUCAAAUGGUUGCAAUUGCCAUCAUUUUGUUUCUUUCGACUAUAUUUUGUUGGGGUGAAUCGUAUGCCUGGUAGUGUGUUUGAGUCCUACACGCAUAUGUAUGUGUGUAUAUGAAUAUGUGCACAUGCUCCUGAUGCCACCUGCAGAUGCUUUAUUUAUGUAUUUUAUAUAAAAAUAAAAUCUCACAUCACA